UCAUCACCCCUCAGUACGCGUGGUGUCAUGUUGUCACAGACCUUUCGGCCUGCUGCCAUGGUGAUCGAGCGCUCCAUGGACUUUGGAAAGACGUGGCAGGUUUACCGCUACUUUGCUUAUGACUGUAAAGCGUCUUUCCCCGGUGUCCCCGUCGCACCGUUGGUCAAAGUGGAUGACAUCAUCUGUGACUCACGGUACUCAGACAUCGAGCCGUCCACAGAGGGAGAGGUGAUACUUCGGGUCCUCGACCCCGUGUUUGAGAUUGACGACCCCUACAGUCUGAGGAUACAGAACAUGCUGAAGAUUACAAAUCUCCAAAUCAAGUUCCUCAAGCUGCACACUUUGGGCGACAACCUGCUUGAUUCCCGUGAUGAAGUGACGGAGAAGUACUACUACGCCCUCUUCGACAUGGUCGUCCGCGGCAACUGUUUCUGCUACGGCCAUGCCUCUGAGUGCGCCCCGAUUGCUGGCGCACCUACGGGCGCUGAGGGCAUGGUGCACGGCCGAUGUGUGUGCACCCACAACACUGAGGGGCUGAACUGUGAGCGAUGUCAGCACUUCUAUGAAGACCUGCCUUGGAGACCUGCAGAGGACAACGCUCACGCCUGCAAGAAGUGCGAGUGUAACCAACACGCCGCCUUGUGUCAUUUCGACCUGGCCGCGUAUGUGGCGACCGGCAACAUGAGCGGAGGCGUGUGCGAUGACUGUCAGCACAACACUGUGGGCCGGCAGUGCGAGCAAUGUGCGCCCUUCUUCUACCAGCACCCCAACAGAGACCUAAGGGACCCCAACGUUUGUGAACGGUGCAACUGUGAUCCCAGCGGGUCUCUGCAGGGAGGUUUAUGUGACCCGCGGACUGACGUGGCGGCGGGGAUGAUCUCAGGCCAGUGUCGCUGCAAAGCCAACGUAGAGGGAGAGCACUGCAACCACUGCAGGCAGGGUCACUACGGCCUGGGACAGGGGCCGGACGGCUGCCUGCAGUGCACGUGUAACCCACUGGGCACGGUUCCAGGAAGAGACACGUGCGAUACAGACACAGGAAGGUGCUUCUGCAAACGCCUUGUCCGCGGGCACCAGUGUGACGAGUGUCUCCCUCAGCACUGGGGACUGUCCAACGACAUGGACGGCUGCCGACCCUGUGACUGCGACAAGGGCGGGGCUGUGGACAAUAACUGUGACUCACACACGGGACAGUGCGUGUGCAGAGAUCACAUGUUGGGGCGGCGCUGUGACCAGAUCGAAUCUGGUUUUUACGUCAUAGAUUUGGACCAUUACAUCUACGAGGCUGAGGACGCUGAGCGCGGACCUGGCGUGAUAGUGGUGCAGAGGCCGUACCCGCUGGACCGCAGUCCUACGUGGACCGGAAUGGGCUUCGUCAGCAUUCCUGAAGAAGCCUACUUAGAGUUCAUCAUCACCAACAUCCCUGAGUCCAUGGACUACGACCUCCUCAUCCGCUACGAGCCACAGCUCCCUGAGCAGUGGGAACAGGCCGACAUCAGGGUGGAACGUCCCGUCUUCCACCCUCCAAACUACUCGUCUUACUGCGGCAACUCCAUCCAGAGCGGCGACGAGCAGUCCGUCUCUCUGCCACCAGGGUCCAGGCACGUGUUGCUGACGCCGGUGUGUUUCGAGAAAGGACUGAACUACACCGUCCGUCUCGCUCUGCCGCUCUACUCGCCCACCAGCACCGUCUCGGUUCCGUACACGCUCAUCGACUCUUUGGUGCUGAUCCCCCGGGUCAGGGAGUUGGACAUGUUCCACGGGACAGACGGUGAAGGGGCGUGGGAUACGUUCCAGCGGUACCGCUGCCUGGAGAGCAGCCAGAGUGUGGUCAAAAGUCCCAUGACGGACAUCUGUAACUCCUACAUCCUCAGCAUCUCUGCUCUGCUGCACAACGGCGCCACAGCAUGCCAGUGUGACCCUCAGGGAGCGCUCAGCACCGUGUGCGAGCCCCACGGGGGCCAGUGCCGUUGUCGCCCCAACGUGGUGGGCAGGAGGUGUGAGCACUGCUCCCCGGCCACCUUCCUGUUCGGUCCAGCCGGCUGUAAAGCGUGCGACUGUGACCCUCGCGGCUCACUCAGCGUGUUCUGCCACGAGGCGACCGGCCAGUGCGAGUGUGUGCCAGGGGCCACGGGGCGCCAGUGUUCCCACUGCCUGCCAGGUUUCUGGGGCUUCCCUCAGUGCCGCCCGUGCCACUGUAAUGGCCACAGCGAACACUGCCACCCACAGACGGCGUGCCAGGGCUGCCGGGACUUCACCACCGGACACCACUGUGAAAGAUGUCUGGACGGGUACCAUGGAGAUCCAGAGCUGGGCUCCGGUGGUCACUGCCGCCCCUGUUUGUGCCCUGAUGGACCGCACAGCAGGCGUCAGUUUGCUGACAGCUGUUAUCAGACGGCGGAUUCCGAUCAGCUGGUGUGUGUGUGCAGCUCCGGGUACAAAGGAGCCAGGUGCGAGGAGUGUGCCACCGGUUACUAUGGGAACCCCCUGGUGCCCGGUGGGCGCUGCAUGCCCUGCAGGUGCAACAACAACAUCGACAUGCAGGACCCGAAGUCCUGUGACGCCCAGACAGGUGCCUGUCUCAGAUGUCUGUACCACACGGAGGGCUACGCCUGUCAGAACUGCAAAGUGGGUUACUACGGCAACGCCACCAGCCAGAGCUGCAGGAAGUGCAUGUGUUACUCAGUGGGGACGGUGUCUCUGGCGUGUCCGUCCCCGGACGAAUGCGAGUGCGAGCAGCACAGCGGCCAGUGCUCCUGUCGGCCCAAUGUGGAGGGUCAGAACUGUGACCGCUGUGCUGCUGAUACGUGGAACAUCACCAGUGGGACGGGCUGCCAGCCAUGUGACUGUGACCCCGCCCACUCCUUCGGACCGUCCUGCAAUGAGGUCACAGGUCAGUGUCUGUGCCGACCCGGCUUCGGCGGCAGGACAUGCCGCGAGUGCAAAGAGCUCUUCUGGGGGAAUCCAGAGGUCAAAUGUUACGCGUGUGACUGUGACCCUCUGGGAAUCUCCAGUGAGCAAUGUCACCGUGCCACGGGACAGUGUACCUGUGUGAAGGGCGUGUCCGGCCCACGGUGCAACCAGUGUGCCAGGGGCUACCAGGGAGAAUUUCCCGCCUGUGAACCAUGCCACCAGUGCUUUGCCGUCUGGGACGCCGUGGUGGUCGAACUGACCAAUCAAACGCAGCGCCUGUUGGCCCAAGUGAAAGAACUCCAGACCAGCGGGGUGACGGUGCCAUAUAAAGAACUAGUUAGCAGCCUGGAGAAGAACGCCAACACGGUGCGAGAAAUCAUAGAGAGCGACCCGGCAGUGAUGAAGCUGGAACAGAUUGAGGAGCUGAUGCACCAGAUUAUCGGUUUGAUGUCCUACCUUAAUGGGAACCUGAACACCACGGAGGAGACCUUGACGUUUCUGCACAACAAUGUCAACACGACAGAUGGCAAUUUGGAGGCAAUGCUGGAGGAGGCCAGCCAGCUGGAACGCAGCAUCCAGGACCUGAAGCAGCAGGUGUACAAUGCCAAGAAUGCCAACGUUCAGGGUGCCAUGAACACCAUUACUACGGCGCAUGCACAGUCCAUGACGGCGGAGCUCCGCGCCAACGCCUCCACCACGAACCCCGGAAACACUCUGGAGCAGUCGGCUGCAGUGCGCCGAGUCGCUGAGGACAGAAUCAGCAGCAGUCAGAAAGAGUUCAAUCGCAAAAACCAAAGAUAUUCCCAGAAACUGGACAAACUGUCCAACGACCUGGAUGAGUUCGACCUGUCACCUCUUAGUCAGAAGACAUGCGGCGGUUCAGCUGAAGGCGACGCGUGUUUUGGUGUCCCCUGUGGUGGUUUGGGGUGCAGUGGCGAGGUUGGAUCAUCACAGUGUGGCGGAGGAGGGUGUGAAGGCUUCAUCUCAACUUCCAAAAAUGCCCUCAAAUCAGCCAAGGACUUGGACCAGGAGAUUCUGACAGCAAUGCGAGAAGUGGACAAACUGUCCAGAAUGGUGUGGCAAGCCAGAGGGCGUGCAGAUGAAGCGAAGCUGAACUCUCAGGAGGUUCUGCUCAAAGCCAACCAAAGCAAAGUCCGUGUGGAGCAGAGCAACGAGCAGCUCCGCAAACUCAUCAGGGAGAUACGGGACCUCCUGACCAAUGACAAAGCAGACGUGUCUGUGAUUGAAGCCGUGGCCAAGGAGGUCCUGACUCUGGAGAUGCCAACAUCGCCGGGGAAGCUACAGGAGCUGACAGAUGAGAUCAGGGUGAAGGUGGGCGCUCUGACCAGCGUGGAGACAAUCCUGAGUCAGAGCGCCGAGGACAUCCAGGCCGCAGAGACGCUGCUGCAGGAGGCCAAGGCUGUCAGUGAGAAGGUGGCCAACAUGAAGGAGACGGCUCAGGUCGUCGAUGUCACCUUGGCAGAGUCUGAACGUGCCCAGGGUGUCGCCAUCGACGCCGUCCAACUGGCCCAGAACAACACUCAGGUCGCCUUGGACCUGCUGAUCUCUGUGGAGUCAGAGACAGCGGCAUCAGAACUAAAGCUGAGUAACACCACGAACCGCCUGAUUCUGCUGGAGGCCAACGCGAACCAGCUGAGGCUGGACGAGCAGGAGGUGGAGCACAUGCUGGAGACCACGGUGCAGAUCAGCGGCCGGGUCAAACAGGACGCUGAGGACGCCCAGCAGGAAUUUAACGAGGAGGUGAAAGAUAAACUGGAGGAGGUGGAGGCGCUGCUGGAGGAUAAAGGGGAGUCGGUGCUGCAGGCGAGGAGGCGCGCGGACGAGCUGCAGCAGGAGGCCAGAGAGCUGCUGGUCCACAGCAGCGCCAAGCUGCAGAGACUCGGAGAACUGGAGAACUCUUACGAGGUGAACCAGCGCCUCCUAGAGGCCAAAGCCGCUGAGCUGCUGGAGCUGGAGCAGAUGGUGCACCGGCUCCUGGAGGAGAUCAGCCACAAAGUCACCCUGUACAGCACGUGCGUGUGAGGCGCCUCCUGCACGGAUUCACACCCAGAAAACCGCCUCACAAUGACUCCCCAAGUACUUUAUACAAAUUAUAGUAAUGUGUUGUGUAUCUGACUGCAGUGCCAGAGAAAGUUAUGAUCAUGAAAAUCAAUGAACCUUAAAAACCCCAAAGGAAACUACUAGAAGCCUCUGUGACCUCAGAAAAUUUUCAGCUCUAUAAGCGCCAACAUAUUUAACAAUGUGGCAGAUUUGGAUACAAAUGUUUUUGUGCUUAUAAAGCCCAAAACCUGUAAACAAAAAAGUCUGAACACAUGAAAGGUGAUAUUAAAAGAAUAUACAGUGCAUGUGUGGUACUU